GCAGGUCGUGUGCUUGUCGGUCUAUCGACUUGGGUUUUCGGUGCCAUCACUCAUACGCCCCGUUGGCCAGCUUUCCGUUGGAGAUUCGAAAAAGCGGCAAAAGGCGUUGCCUGUCGGUAUCUUGGGGUUUGGAGCCCAAUGAAGCUCCAUGGAUGUGUAAACAAUUCAUAAUACAUUGCAAAACAAAACAAAAGUGACGGGAAAGCUAUAAAACGACCAAAAACGGAACUGGAAAUCGCUGCCAUCUGGCCAUCGAGUUGAAAAGGAUUUUGGAUAAAAGCAACUCACAGUUUUCUAUUCUACAUUGGCUGGCCUAUUUUUGUGCUUUAGGCGUGUAACAAAAUGCCAGCGGGUCGAGUAGCUGGCAAAGCCGGCUACUCCAAUCACUUCUACAAUGGACGCUCGUAUGUGGGAAUCAAUGAAGAAAUCAUGUGGGUGAGCAUUGGAAUGGGCGUGACCAUCGUACUGCUGAUCACGAUUGCCCUAUGCUAUAUUGCCCGGGAGAAGUGUCAGAAGCGCCAAAGAGAGUACUACGUGACCGCAUAGUUGUGGUACGCGGCCUGCCACACGACGGGCGGCAUCGGAGGCGGCAGUGGUAAAGGAAUUAUGAGAGAAAAUCCCCAAGAAAGGCCGAAAAAGCAGGUUAAACUCAAAGAGCACUGCAGCUUGGCCAUGGAGACAGAGGGAAUUCCAGCGAUUCCACGAGACGAACUACCAGAAAGGGAUGGGGAUGGAGAAGAAGAAAGGACUAUGGGCGCGGAAUUACAAGGAGCACACGGGGGAGACGGAAGAGUACAAGCAGCUAUCACCGUCAUGCAUUGGACUGCGGUUGACAUCUGUGGCGCCCGCAGCUGGGGCUGACAAGCCACCCACGAAACCACGAAAGCACUAAGCCACUAAACCACCACCAGCCACCCACCCACCAGUCACAAGCCCCACAAACUGAUUAUGACAGCAUACACACACAUCGCUGCCCAAGGCAGCUAAACAUUUUGCGUAGGUUUUUUUUUGUGUAGCCAAAGAAGUCGUUGUAAGCAUUAUCAGUAUUUAGAAAACGUUACUCUUAACAACCAUGUUACAGAAUUUGCCAAAAUAUAUUAAUAUACAAUAUUUAAA